CGGUUGGAGCUGACUGUCGCCUAGCAUUGUACUUAUAAGGUCGUUGGAACUACGUGUAAUCUAGAUUUACAAUAUAGCCUACCGUGAAACGCUAUAUCGCAGUGUGACCUCAACAGGCCCAGCCUUUCCUCGGGUUUUCUGUCGUAGAUUUAAACGUUACAGUCUAGAACAUGUCGAUUUUACAACUUUUUAGUGUCUAUCUGCUUUUGGGGAUUGUCAGAGCAUUGUUCAAAGCAGAAUGUGACCUAGUUCCGGCUGACUUUGUGUUCCUGUUGGACUCUUCCGGAAGUGAAACUUCGAGAGGAUUCAAAACACAACUGGCCUUCAUCUCCAACUUUACGUCAAACUUUGAAGUAGGACCAGACAAGGCUCAGUUCGCCGCGGUGACGUUUUCUACCUCGGUUUACAAAAACUUCUAUCUUAACGAGCACCAGGAUCAAGCCAGCGUGUUGGAUGCCAUCAACAAGAUUGCGUAUCGAGAUGGGGAAACGUACACCGAUUUAGGACUGAACUAUGUCCGACAGAACGUUCUCACGGAUAUUCAUGGCUCACGGUCCAACGUAGCUAAAUACGUCAUCGUUCUAACGGACGGGCGCUCUAAUGACAAUUCAAGGACCGUAAACGCUGCAAGUGCUCUCCAUAAAGUUCCAAAUGUGACAGUGAUUGCUAUUGGGAUCGGAAAAGCGAUUGAUAUGAACGAACUCCACAUCAUCGCCACAGAUAGGAAUCACACUUUUGUCGUUAAUAAUUUUGACCUUCUCCAUACUUUGGAAGUGGAGUUAGUCGAUAAAACCUGUACUUUAUGCGGUGAUUACCCUGCUGAUAUAGCUUUCCUGAUCGAUUCCUCUGGAAGUGAAUCUGGGUCAAACUUUGAAAAUGAGAGGAACUUCAUCUCUAUGGUGGCCAGCGAGUUUAGUUACGGUUACAACGACACGAUGAUUGCCGUAUCACAGUUUGCUACAGUUGCUAGGACAGAUAUAUUCUUCACACAGUACCCAGACAAAACUGCCUUAAUGGAGGCUAUUGCACGAAUAAGCUGGAUGAACGGAGAGUCCAACACACAUCUUGGAUUACGCGAAUUGGCCCAUAACGUUUUCCAUACUAAACAUAUGCAUGUGCAUGGUCACCACCACGGGCAUCAAUCAGUAACGUACGGUCCACGCUCGCAGUCGACAAAAAUUGCUGUAGUGCUUACAGACGGGCAAUCCCUAGAACCAUUACUGACAAGGAAAUCAGCCGCUACACUCCAUGCCAUGGGAGUAGAAGUGUUUGCUAUUGGAAUGGGGCGUCAUGUUGACAGCAGCGAACUACUAACGAUAGCUUCCGACAAAGAUCACAUUUAUCAAGUACCCACAACAAACGACCUCGAGUCUAUUCAUACAAAAAUUGUAGACGCAAUAUGCAAACUUAAAGUACCUCCCCCGACUACUACGCCGAUGCCUACAACGACAAAACUGCCAACAACGACUGUAAAACAAGCCUGUGGCCAGAAACCCGCGGAUAUAGUGUUUCUUUUGGAUGCUUCGGAGAGCGAAAAGGCUACAGGGUUUGCAAAGGAGAUAGAAUUCGUUUACAAUUUCGCAAGAAAGUUUCACAUCGGACCAGACAAUGUUCAGUUUGGCUCAGUAACCUUUUCAAGUGGAAUCCGAAACGAUUUCUAUCUAAACACAUAUCACAACCGACAUGAUGUUUUGAAUGCCAUCCAGAAAAUUGCUUACAUGCAGGGAGGAACCAAUACUUCUUUUGGGAUCCAAUUUGUUCGUGAAAAUAGCUUCGAACCACAAAAUGGUGGUCGUCAAAACGCAACAAGGAUCGUGAUUGUCAUAACAGACGGACAAUCGGCAGAUCCAGCAGCUACCAAGCACGAAGCACAACUUCUGCACCAGCAAGGUGUCCAAGUUUAUGCCGUCGGAGUAGGUUCUCAGGUUGAUAACAGCGAGUUAAAGGCCAUCUCCUCCGAUGGAACACCGAUUCUUGUAGGGGACUUUUCGUUGCUUCAUGAUAUCCAGGCAUCGUUAGAAACAGCUGCUUGUCACGGUGGAACAUAAAUGUGUACUAGUAUAAAGUUUGUAAUUCGUUUUCCAUUAAAUCAUAUCUGAGUCAUU